GGUCGUUCAUCAGAAGUCAAACCCUUUCGGACUGUGAACCGUGUGCACGAAUCUCGUCACUUCAGCACAAGAAAUGGCGACCACUGACCACCCUUCAUCGCCGCCGCAGCCGUCGUCCCCGGGCGUGGGCGCCGUCGCCCUCUCGUCCGCCACCAUCGGCGAACUACUCCGUUUCGUCCUCUCCUCCCACGUCGCCGCCGCGGACCCCGCCCUCCCUCUGACCCCCUCUUAUUGCUCCCGCCUCCUCGACGACGAUCUGUGCGAUAAGCUGGCCACGGAGCUUGCGGGGUGCGUCGAGGAGGGACGGGUCCCGGCUCCCCCAGCGGGGCAGGGGGCGGUAGGAACUCCCGUGGAGGAGAAUGGUUCGCGGAAGAGGGAGGAGGAGUGGGAGGCAAUCCUGCUGGACAAAGGAGCCGAGUUAAAGCGGAUGUAUGAUGCAGUGGAGUUUGUGCUACAUGUUCAAGAACCAUACUUCACUCAACUCCGUGCUGGAUCCAAGAAUGUUGAAGGGAGGUUAGCAGCUGGUAAUUACAACCGGAUUACACAAGGUUCUUUGUUGAUUUUCAAUAAAUGCCUCUUGCUUGACGUUGAGGCAGUUAGAAAUUAUAGUUCGUUCUCUGAGAUGCUGCAAGCAGAGACGAUCUCAAAUGUUCUUCCUGGCAUUUCAUCAAUUGAAGAAGGUGUCAAAGUUUAUAGGAAAUUCUACACAGAGGAAAAGGAGAACUCUUAUGGAGUCUUGGCAAUAUCAGUUUCAAAGCCACGAAGCCAACCUUACAUAACCAUGACAGAGCUUCUUGCUGGAUUGGGUUAUGAUGGAUUGGGUAGACUCCUCGGUCUGGCAAACACAGCAGGAACAGUUCCUGGCGGACUACCUCCUCAAAGAUCCAUGCUGAUAUCAUCUUGUAUGAAACUACACAAACCAACUGUGAAAACUUGUUCCUUAACUGAUGCUGCAAGGGCACUGGCCAAACAUGUUCACAGGAGUAGCGAUGGAUGGUGGGGCUGCCUCCAUGGAAGUGAUCCACACAAGAACCAAAUUUCAUCCGAAGUCAUUGACCGUUUGUUACAUGAGUGUUGUUGGAUAAAUGUUCACCUGACUCAGCCCUAUGGGCCUGUUUUUGAAAUCCGUGUGCGUGAAGGUUACGGUGCCAGAUGGUCUCACGAUGGCUCUAAGUUCAUUGGAUUCUUGGAGCCGUACAGUCCAGAUGGCUUUAUCAAUGGGUGGAAACAUUGAAACACAAUAUGGGUAUACCAUUUUGAAUGUAAAGUCGAUUGGCUGACUGAAGAUAUUCGUAAAAUGUUGAAGGAAAUGUUUCUUGUAAGCUGCUUGUACUUGUACCAUCUGCAGUUCAGCCAGAAGGCCUGGAGGGUGUUAAGUUAUAAUACCGUAUGAUUUAGUACUUCCGAUGUUUUCUUCGAAAUCUAAUUGCGUUGUUGUCUUA